AUGUGGAGGGUGUGGUCUGGAUUGAUUUUGCUCAUGGGAGCACCAACGCUCUUUGCGCACAAGAUACGUUCUCUCCCUCCACAACCACUUGCUCCUCAUCUACUUUUCUCCUCCGCCUUCCACUCAUCCUUGCUCCUGCCUGCCGUCGUGCAUCAUCAUCUCCGGCCAGGGCCAGGGCAUUCGUCUCCGCCUCCGGUCCGGCCUCCUCCACACCGCGCCCCCCCCCCCCCCCCCAGACGCGUCGCUGCGUAGCUGCUGGCCGCCAUGGCCACCGUCAUGGCCGCGGCCGUCUAGUCCUUCCCGUCCUCCUCGGCCGUCGUCGCCAAGGCGUCGCCGGCGUCCCCCUGUGCCGCCCCGCACUUCCGCCCGAGGGCCGUGCGGGCCGCUAUCCGGGCGCAGGCGUCCGCCGUCGAGGCGCCCGCCACGGCCAAGGCCAAGAAGGAGUCCAAGAAGCAGGAGGAGGGCGUCGUCACCAACCUAUACAAGCCCAAGGAGCCGUACGUCGGCAGGUGCCUCCUCAACACCAAGAUCACCGGCGACGACGCGCCGGGGGAGACGUGGCACAUGGUCUUCAGCACCGAAGGCCCUUCUUUGCCUGCGCGAGGUCUCAGAAUCCGGGGGGAAAAGAAAAGAAAAGAAAAGAUGAUGACUGUCUCUACCUCUUGCUACAUGUGCCGCUCCCUCGUCCGGGCUCCUCCGCUCAAGUCCAGGAGUGCAGUGCGCUGUCCAAGCGCCGCCCCGCCAGGUGCUAGCGGUGCCACCUCCACCUCCAAGCUUGUCCUAGAGGUGAAAGAACGGCUAGCAAGGGAGCACCCAGGCCUCCCCACGGGCAGGAACGGGAGGGACGAUGACGACAUGGUCCUCUGGUUCCUAAAGGACCGCAAGUUCUCCGUCGAUGAAGCCGUCUCCAAGCUCACCAAGGCGAUUAAAUGGCGUCAGGACUUUGGUGUUGCAGAGUUAUCAGAGGAAUCAGUGAAAAGCCUGUACCAAACUGGCAAGGCAUAUGUACAUGAUUCCUUGGACAUUUAUGGCCGACCUGUGCUGAUUGUAGUGGCAGCCAAACAUUUUCCUUCGACACAGGAUCCAGUUGGAAACCAGAAGUUGUGUGCCUAUUUGGUUGAGAAGGCAGUCAGCAGACUUCCGCCAGGAGUAGAGAAUAUACUUGGGAUCUUUGAUCUGCGAGGCUUUCGGGUUGAAAAUGGUGAUCUCCAGUUCCUAAAGUUUUUGAUGGACGUUUUUUACUAUUACUACCCGAAGCGGCUUGGCCAAGUUCUUUUUGUCGAUGCUCCUUUUGUUUUUCAACCAAUGUGGCAGGUUGUUAAACCUCUGUUGAAAUCAUAUGCCUCCCUGGUAAGAUUUUGUGAUGCCGAGACUGUGAGGAAGGAAUACUUCAAAGAAGAAAUCGUGCCUCCUGAUUUCCGCGAUUAGGUGGUCUCGGAAACAUGGCCUUUAAUUUAUUGAGAAUCGAUUGGCACCCAGGGGGACUGGCGCCUUCCCAUACCUUUGGAUUAACCUCUCAAAAGUUGCUCAGACGGCAGCAAAUGAUUGGAGAGUCCAGUAAAAAAUGACCCAGUACUUGUAUAACUAGUGCGAAGUAGAAUGCUGAGUUUAGGCUGCUGUCUUGAGUGCUCCUAUACCAUAUUUUUCUGGUUUUGGAUGAAGCUAUAUGGAUCAAAUUCAUCUCUGUUGAACAAUUGCCAAUUACAUAACUUGUGUUUGCCCAAUUCCAUGGUGUAGUACCAUAACUUCUCAGUGCAGUGCAGACAACACAUGGAUUCCAUUUUUUUAUUAAAGUACCAUCUGCUACAAAUAUGAAUCAUGGCUUUGUUUGUAGACUUCAUAAAGAAACACACAGAUUAAUCAAACCAGUCUUCGAAGAGUCUGCUAUGGAUAGGAACGUUCCAAAGCAAAAUAAGAUGCAAGUUGUAUUGCAUAAAAACCAGGUACACAUCAAUCAGCUGCAUUCUGGAAGACUAAACUGCAACACAACUACAUCUGCAAUCACAGAGAAAUCAGGUAUACGACCAACUGUUAUCUGUUGUAAAUAUUUUGUUUUUAGGUCAACAACGGAGAGGGUCAAGCGAUCCCCACGUACAGAUGCCAGCAUGGUCUUUUACAUGGUUCCAAGAGUUCGUAAAUUGAGUGUAGCCUUAAAAAGAUCUGCCUUGUGCCACUUCAACACUUUAACCCAGAUGUAAUAAAAAAACACUUUAACCCAGAUGCUGCAUUGUGGCAAAGGCUCGAGAAUAUGACAAUAACAGUUGUUCAAAAACUGUUGGUAGGAACAUUUAUAGCAGCAAAAGAACAAAAGGGAAUGCGUGGUUUCUUAUCUGCCUUAGAUGAGAUAAGAUUUCGGACAUGUGUAUUCAUGUUUUUGAGUGAUUUGGCACUAUGAAUGCACUAGAUUGUUGGUUGCUUUUUUUUGUUAAUUGCUCAGGUUGUAUUUCUAGUCACUAGUGUUGUAUUGUUUGUGCUUGUGCUAAGAUGAUCUCUUUUGCACUUGUAAUAGGUGCUCAUUCAAGUACUCUACUGAUCGAAAAUGGAUGGCGUCUGUGAUGGUUGAUUCUUUUGCACGUCUUCUACACUGGUACAUUGACGGCUGAUGGAGAUGGAUGGUGGUGUCGCUGUUUUGUGUUUUGUUUAGCACUCUAGGUGACACAUUGUUAUGGGAUUGUUACACAGCUGAUAUGUUAUGAACCUGAUAUGGAGAUCUUUUUGCGUCCUUUGUUUGGGUGUUACUGUUGUGCCAUUCGUCUCAUAAGUUAUGCCAUUUUAUUACUUGCUUUUGGAUUGAUA